ACGACGUGUGCCGACGACUGGAUAGGUUAUAAAGGUCAGUGCUACCGCUUUGUCACUGAGGCGGCAGACAUCAAAGACGCCAUCAGCAGGUGUGGCAGCCUGGGAGCUUACCUGGCGUCAGUGACGUCAGUGGAGGAGAAAGAGUUUUUAACGUUGACAUCAAACGUCUUUCAGCCGAUAAACAUCACAAAAAGCUGGAUGCUGGGUUACUGUGACCCGGACACCUCGGGGCGCUUCGUGUGGUCGGAUGGCUCUCUGUCCAUCCUCAACACCUUCCUGCCGGAAGACCCGUCGCCCAGCGACCUAUGACGUCACAGUGCGCUGUGGCCUUGGAGGGGUUCAUGACCUCGACCCUCAGUGCCAAGGCCAUAGGUCCUGGCGGCUUCGUGUGCAAGAUGGCUGUAGGUUACGAGGCCUGUGUCAGUGUGACAGUGAGUGUUGCUCACGCGUCUUGUUCUCAGUGCCCAGGCCAUGACAGCCACACUCUGUCGCCAGCGAUGUCGGGUGAUGUCCCCCACCAUGUCCGCCAUUCUGAACGGAAAUAACUGCUCUUGUAUAAACGAAACAGUCAGGACUUCCUCUACAAAGGACGCCACGGGCAUGUGUGACUCUCCAUGUCCAGGAAACAAGUUUCAGUUGUGUGGAAGCUCCACUGACUCCCAGAUCUUCAGUCACUAUCCUCCACUUGAAGAUAAGGAUCUGGCAGUCUCCUGUGAAGAACUUUACUGGAGUGGUAUAAACAGUUCUGACACUUACCAGCUGCUGGUUGAUGAUCAGAUUAUAGAGCGGUUCUGUAACUUCUCCUACCACGUGACCAUGUGUCCCUCCUCCUGGUUCUUCUCCAACGGUUCCUGCUUCCGCCCGAACACAGCUUUGGCCAACUUCUUCGAAGCGAGAACCUUCUGCAACCAUUAUGGCGGUCACGUGAUUACUGACUUGUCCAGGAUAAACGGUUUCUUCGUGAACACUGUGCGAGAAUUCAGUGGUCGCAUGACAAGUAUUUUGACUGGUCUGGUGGACUCGCUGGACAGUGGCAUGUUCCGGUGGGUGGACGGGUCAAUUCUCACUGACGACAGCUUCGUUGAGAGAGGAGUGGUUGGUGGGCUUCAGUGCGUGGAGAAAAGUUACAUCACUGGACUCUGGUCAACCAUAGACUGUUCCUCACGAGUGGCGCCCUCCUUCGUUUGUGAAAAGAACGUACGGGAGGAAUCUGCUGGCGCCAACGGGCGUCGAAUGUUGGUGAGGAAACUUCAGUGUGUGACAGUCACGGGCAUGCAAGUACAAAGCCCACGUCAGACAACAAGCAUGGCCGACACCUGGCUGAGGUGGAAGGAUGGGGACAUGACGGUGACAGUGUGUGUGCAGCUGUGCAGGGGCUCUGACACCACGUGGGCAGUGGUCAACGGCAGCGAGUGCGCGUGCGCACAGGUCAUCGACACCAGUUCAUUGGCACACGUCGUUGACAACGACAACUGUGGUGACCUUUGCCCUGGUGACCCCUUUCAGUUCUGUGGCGGUGGGGCCGUAGUUGUUUACGCCAGGGUAGACAUGUACACAGAGUACCCCACAGGCUGCGAAAAUCUGUACAAACAAGGUGUUCGCAUACACGGAAGGUACUACAUCAAAAGUCAACAGGACGAUGAGCCCAUCAACGUCUUCUGUCACUUCUUGGGUAUGUACCUGUACUCAGAUACAGGAGCUACUACUCCUUAUCCUGAUGACUGGAUCCACUUCAAUAAUUCCCUUCUUGACAACAUCUACAAAUUUCACGUGGGAUUCACGGACAUAGAGAGUGCAGAGGAUACCUGCUGGAACACCACCGGGGGCUACCUCCUUUCUCUCUCUGACCCCAGUGAAGAGGAGUUCUUACGUUACAGUCUGGGAGGACUGGCAAGUCUUCGUGCCGUCGAUUACUGGUUGAUCGGGUACGUGUCAGACGCACAAGUCGCCCGCCCGGGGUGGGCUGCUCCAUAUUUGUUUACUCACAAGCCUGGGUACGACUUCAGAUGCUCCGGGUCAUGGCCACAAGGUCAGAGGAGUUGGUGUUGUAUGUCGGCGUCAUUCUGGGAUCCGUUGUCCAGCUGGUCUUUGACAUCUGCAGCUCCGUUGCCAUCAAAGGGUUUAUAUGCAAAGCCAGCACAAGCAAGAACUUCCGUGGGUGCUACAGCAGUGUGCCGCCUGCCAGCGACCUCUUCUUGAGCGACGAUCCCGACAUGUCGGUACUUCUGUGCAAGCAGGCGUGUCUGGGACAGGGCAGUGCUGCCUUUGUGGUAUCCGGGGUGGAUUGCUACUGCACCAACAGCUCCAACGUCUCCGCUGCCUCCCUCGCCCCUCACUUCUGCUCGGCCCCUUGUGUCGCGCAUGCGCACCAGGCGUGCGGCAGCAAAGGUUUCGCG